GUCCUUCCUGAAGAAAGAUGGGGUCCAUCUGAAUCCAACUGCACAGAGGAAAUACCUCCAAAGUGUCAAGGCUGCAAUUCUAACAGCUUCAAAACAAUUCAAUUAAAAUAAUCAGCAUAAAGAGAAUGGCCCCUAAAAGGAAAGCUUCUCCGAAAACCCUACCAGCUCCAACAGACAAAGUGUCCACUAGUACUGGUCCUGCCAAUGCAAAAAAGAGGAAGUCCACAACAACACCAGCCACUGAACCACAACAAUCAUCGGACAGUCACAUUGACUAUGACAAACUUGCGGCAGCCAUGUUACGGCAAAUGAACUCGCAACAACAGGCGUCACUGCAGACUUCGAAUGUUGUUGGGGAAGAGCACGAGAUUGUGAUACCAACUGGGACAGACACAAAUAUCCAGAGCCAGACAAAUGCUAGUUGUGCUGGAUCAUCAGUUUCCAACCCUCGGGCAAUCUCGGAGCCUAGGAAUACGACGCCAGUUACAAACGAUUGUAACCCAUCACCCAUUAUGACGUUAUUAGAAAAUUUAUUUGGAAAUAAGGGUGAGUGUGUGUCGAAUAACCCAGAUUCUUCUGCUAUAAGGUCAAUCGAUCUAUCAGCAGGCAUCCCGUUAGGAGCAGGUAUCUCGGAUAGAAUUAGAAAUAAGAUCUGGGGGGAAGAAUAUAUUGACUUAAAAAUAUUACUCCCAAAUUAUACUGAGGAGCCAGUCGCUGUAAAUAUCACAGCAGGCUCAUUCAAUAUUAAUCCAGGCAAAACACAAAAAGAACCAUUGUCAAUUGAACAAUGGACUACAUGUUUCAAUACAUUCAUUGCCAUAUAUAUUGUAAAAUCACCAGAAGAAGCAGCAAAUCUGUUGAAAUAUGCCACAACUAUCCAAGAGAUGGCAGCUAACCAUGGGGAUGUGGCAUGGCGUCAGUACGAUGAAUCUUUUCGUCGUCUUAGGCUAGCUCACCGUCCACCAUGGCAAAAGCCAAUAGAUGAACUCUAUACAAAGGCAGCCAACCAAAAGCCUUUUCGUGGCCAACCCCAACAAUCGGGCAAACGUCAACAAAAUGGACAGCGGCCAUUUCGUCCAAAAGUUUGUUUUGCCUACAACAGAGGGAUGCCAUGUACAUCAUCCCCAUGCAAAUUUAAACAUCUUUGUCAGAUCUGUUUCGGAAACCACACCAAAACAAAAUGUUACAAAAGUAAACAAUCCUCAUCAGGGCAAAAAACCUCAUCAGUCAAUCCUUCCCACACCAGUUAAAUAUGACAUUCUUGAGAAGGAAUUAGAGGGUUAUGACCCUUAUUUUAAAUCCCAAUUGAUAUUGGGAUUUUCUCAAGGUUUCUCGAUAGGUUUUGAAGGGGACCCAAAUAUUCUUCAUUCCAAAAAUCAUAAAUCAGUUAGAGAUAACUUGACAGCUGUGUCUGA